AUGAGUGCAACCAAACCAAUUACCUCGAGCAACGUCUCUGCGAAGACUGAGAGUAGCAAAACACGGGCAGAGGGCCGGAAGAACAGAGCUGCCAAGAAAAAUCAGAAUUCUAUCAACCACUUGCUCGACUUUCUGCUGUAUAAAGACCUGCCGGAGUACCGCCAACAGGACCAGAGUAAUCGUAGAACACAUCAGCGCAUGUAUAACAAUGGCCGCUCCAAAAACAGUAAUCUGAACUACAACAAUGGCGGCUACGGAAACGGCUCUCAUUCGGGUACACAUGGAUCAUCGAAAGACUACAACAACAGAGGAAGACCGGCUCGCAGACGUCCAAAAGCAUUUCUCCACGGAAUGAGGUUCAUAAACGUGAACUACAAGUUUGUGGUGGACUACCGAAAGUCUUAUACGGCUCAGAAACUUGAUCCGAACGUGCCUGUUGAUACAGACGAUAUAUUGUGCAUCGUGGCCCCUCAGGGAAACGCUUGCCCUAUUUGUCUUUCUUCUGAGCUUGUGGCACCUCGAAUGAUCACUCUGUGUGGUCAUAUAUUGUGUCUUCCAUGUCUUUUGGCGCUUUUGGAUAGCGAGGUUCCCACCUCUAUGAAGAGGGAAAGCAAGGCAGUGGUAGAGAAGUAUACAGAUUGUCCGUUGUGCGCAUCCAUAAUUCGUCGCGGCGAUGUCAAACCUGUUUUGGUGGACACCACCGAUGUGCGCUUCGAUAUGCCAAAAGUAAAUGACGAGAUCGUCUUGACACUCAUGGCGCGUGACGCAAACAAGAUCGUCCCGGUGCCUAGCUUUGCGUCCAAAGAUGCGCAUGGACAAUUCCCGUGGGCCGACCAGCUCCAUACAGAUCCAUAUCUGAGAAUUUAUAAGGCUGACCAUACAUAUGUGACAUCUAUGUAUGAACAAGAGAAAACAGCUCUCCGUCAAGCAUACGAAAAUGACAGUGACCUGUUUUUGGCUGGAAGGAAACUUUUGAAACUCGCUCUUCUGUCCAUUGACCUGGAUGUUCGCGCUUGGACUGAGAAAUUCGAGUCUGAGGCCAAGGUUAGUGAGCAAGUGCAACCUAUCAAACCAAGCCAAGACAGCGCACCAAACCAAACGUUCUACUAUUACCAAACGGGCUUUAAGUGCCCCACCACUUAUGUUCUCUCUGCGCUAGAUAUGAAGGUUCUUAAAACUAGCUACGGGGCAGAUUACUCUGAACUUCCGCCUUCCAUCGUAGCCAAAGUCGAAAACAUCCGUUAUGAGGAAAUGGAUGAAGAACUUGCUACCACAAGAUACAAAUACAUCUCUCACCUUCCGCUGGGAACUUCUCUUGGCUUUUUGGAAUGUUGUUGGGAGAACAACGAGUUUAUUUCGCCCGAAGUUUGGGGUACUUACAAACACGAUCUCCUCAAACGAAGCAAAACAUCUUCACGCAAGCUCAAUCAGGAAGAAAGAAGUAAACAACGGGCCCUUAAUGAAGAGGAGCGUCGCGCACGGGAGUACAUUGACCGGGAGAACAACGGUGGGCCACAAUACCACGAAGACGAUCUCCAAUGGAUUAAUGGCGGUGGAAUUGGAAGCCUCACCAUCACUGAUCAUCGCGAGAUGCCUGCGCUUUCAGGAGGGCAACACACUGAACGGUCACGGAGUCUGAGCGCUGAUGCCUCCGAACUGACGCAACGGUCGGUUUGGGGAACUCAGAUUCCUAAAGCAGAACAAACAGAAGAAGAUUCGGAGGGCGGAUGGGAUGCUGAUGAGAUGAUCCGCCGUGCCCGUGAAGAAAUCGAAAAACUGGGAGCCGAAGUGAAAGGCAAGGCAAAAAAGAAAAAGAAAUACAUCAUUCUUCUGUCCAACACAGGAUGGGCAUGA